AUGUCCAGCAGGGUAGGACUUUCCUCGUGGAGCGUCUCCGCAGGUUGCGCUCGGACGUUGCGACGUAUUUAUGAAAGCGCGCCGCUAUUAGUUCAGCUGCAGACCUCGAAGUUUUCCGGGACGCGUACCGCUGAACGGUGCGUCCGUGGGUUCAAGUCACGCUGCGGCGCUGCUGACGCGCUUCGAGUGCAGCAACGCUGGACGUCUGGCUCUGUAAACAAGAGCAAUGCAGCCACAACAUCUGAUCAAGGCGAAGAUUUGACAUUGUCGACAAAACCAGGGCGAACGCAAUCCUGGUGGACGUCCUGGUUCCAACGAAUAGGCCUCGCAGCGCAGAGACACGAACCAAACUUCCUACUGCGCGUGCUCGGCUAUUACUCCGAAGAGUCACAGGCGUUGCGCCUCGGUAAAACUCUGUAUCGCGACACUUUGCGAGAGGUCGAAGCGUGGCAGCGGCGUUUGUAUGGCGAGAUCAGCGGGGACAAACCGGUCGACGUGCCACUGGCAGCGUGGGUGCAGCUGACCUCUUUGCACUUGUGGGUGACCAUCUACCGUCUACGUGCCGAGGGAGAGUUUGGGCGUCAGGUUUCUCAAGCGCUCUACGAGAAUUUUUGGCCGCAUCUUCGUCAACGACUGGCAAAGGACCUGGGGCUCGGUCUAGUUGAGGCGAGCAAGCAGAUGCGCGAAUGCGAGCACAUGUUCUUCGGAGCAGCGAUUCGGUACGACGAGGCAUGGUUGAACAAGGACCAGGAGGCGUUCAUUGCAGCGCUUCAGCGGAAUAUUCCGCGAAUCGGCGCUGAACAGGCUCGAGUGCUCUAUGAUCAUGUUGCGCAACAACUCCGCAUCGGCAGGUUACAUCUUGAGCGGUAA